AUGGAUGAACAGUACGACUCGGAGUUUGUCCAUGUUGGAGAUCAUGUUUUGUCCUCAACUCAACAACAUCAAUCGUCGGCGAAGAUAACACCAUAUCGGAGAAAAAGUUUAUCAGAAUUGGAUAAUCCUAGUUGGGCUACAGACGAAUUGAAGACAAUCUUCGUUACUGUCUUUCGCGCGAGACUAUCAAAGGAGGAUAAACAAUUCAUUAACGACAAAUAUGGUUAUAUCAAAUGCGAACGAUGCGCGACUUUAGCACAAUCAUGCGAUAUUCGAAAAAAUGCUCUCAACUGUGUACAAUGCGGCACGUAUGGCAAAUGCAGUCGUGUCAACCUCGUAAAGAGAUUUUAUGUCAUGGACAAUAUGCUGCUGGAGAACGAACAGUAUGACUGGCUCUUUGCUUGGUAUAAGAUACACAAGUGCAUCAAUAUGAGACGUUCAACCAAUAUGGACGCGAAGGUGACUACGCAGUAUUUCUUCAACCAGUUGGAUUUUACAUCCGAUGCUCGUCGAAAGUCAAACGAGAAUGUAGUGCGUGAUUUGAAUAACGAGUCUGGUUUUGUGGAUGUACCCAGUGUGGAAUUAAUGCCAGUAAAGUACGAUAUUCAUCAAAGUUACGAAGAAUAUCGCCCGGAAAACGACAGCAGGGAUACACAGAGAACGGAAGUGUUAUCUACCGCGAACUACAGAUCCGUUUCAAAUGCACACCCCGGGGAAAGUGCUCGAAACGACUACGAGUUUUCGAACGGAAAUCCGCAUGCACUACACCGGGAUAGUAUCCCAUCCGAAGGUGAAUACGCAAGUGAUGUUCGGUCCAGAUUGGAUGCAGUCAAUCAGUACACGUUUGAAAAGUAUUUGGAUGAGUUGAGUACAAUGCUAGAAGACCUAUCGUAUGAUGAGAAUUUAGUACCGCAAGUGGAUCCAAUCUUUUACCCGAACGUGGACGAUACAUGGGGAUACAGCGAUAGUUCAAAUAUGAUCAAUGGCAAUGAAGAACUACCUCAUCAGUACACACUGCAAGAACUCGUGGACGAAUACGACCGUGUUAUAGAAAGCACUAAUAUUUUCACCGCAGUGUCAUCGAUAUCAGAACCAAGCGUUUUGCAGAUUCGACAUGACGAUCAUGUUAGUGAAGGCAAAGCGAAAUGUGCUCAGAAUUCUACGACCAUGAUCAUCGCGAUAUUGAACAUCACCGAGGACUACUUUCAAAUAUCAGCAAGUGUCAAUGCACGCAAUGUAUAUUGCAAGAUCCACUCUAUCGUCCGAAUUCCGUGGUCGAUCGCGUACCGAUUCAUGCUAUGGCACCACAAGUGGUUGGCGCUUACAGCAAAGAGGAGCGCGCGCCAUGUAUUUGAUUUGACGCUCUUUCGAAACCUGAAUGGCGGUGUCAUUCGGUAA